GUUGGCACAACUGUUAAAACAAACCACUUUUUAUAUCAGUACAAAAUGAUAAGAGCAAACACGUUUUUGAAACAUUUAGACAUUAGAAAAUCAAGGAUGUCUCGAAUGUAUGUGAAGAAGCGCAUACUCAAAGUUUGUAUGGUGUUUUCCUUUCUGUGGUUUGUCUGGUUUUUUGUUUAUCGUGAUGGACUUGGAGACGUUGCUGACAAUAAUAACAUACCCAAAUUUCAAAUAGAAAUGGAACAAUCAAAUAAACUAGGCGUUAACAAAUUAGAAAACCACAAACAAUCCAAAAACUUAAAACAAGGUCCUUUACAGCCACAACCUUUGAAUUUAAACAUGGAUAAUAAAGCACGUGCUGCCGCAAACACUCUGCCUCAGCAACCAAGAGAGGAUGCCAAACAUGCUAACCCGAACCAAAACGCUGACGCGAAAGCAGAAGAAAUCGUUCCAGGUAUUGAAAACAUAGAAAAGGUAGAUGAGGAAAAACAGGAAGAAAUUCCGAAUGGGAAUGUCAAUAUAAAUGUUGGAGAGGAUAGGAAAGCUAUGAAUAAACCAAAGGAUAUACCCACCGGACCUGGUGAGUUAGGGGAAGGCGUUCACAUUGACGUCAAGUCACUGACACCUGAGGAAAAGGGAAGAUAUGAUAGAGGAUGGAAAGAAAACGCCUUUAACGAGUAUGUCAGUGAUAUGAUCUCGUUAGACAGAUCAAUAGAGGAUAGCCGAGAUCCCGAGUGUAAAACAAUGGUGUAUAGCGACAAUCUGCCAGACGCCAGUGUCAUUGUUACAUUUCACAACGAGGCUUGGUCCGUGUUGCUUAGGAGUGUACAUAGUAUUAUAAACCGAACCCCUCCGGAAUUAUUAAAGGAAGUUAUCCUAGUGGAUGAUUUCUCUGAUAGGCCACAUUUACAUGCCCCACUGGAGGAGUAUAUGAGUCGGUAUGAGAAGGUGAAGAUAGUGAGAGCAAGCAAAAGGGAGGGGCUUAUCAGAACGAGGCUGCUAGGAUAUGAUGUCGCCAACGGGACUGUGCUUGUUUUUCUUGAUUCUCACAUAGAGUGUGCAGAAGGUUGGAUACAGCCACUGCUAGAUCCCAUCGCACGUGACAAGACCACGUCAGUCACACCAGUAAUUGGUGUCAUUGAUUUCACAACAUUCCGCUUCAAAUUGGCGAAGGCUAAAGACGUACAAGUGGGUGGUUUUGAUUGGGCGCUGACGUUUAAUUGGCACGUCAUACCAGAGUCUGAAAGAGCACGUCGCAAUUUCAAAGACUACUUAGUAGCAAGGUCUCCCACCAUGGCAGGAGGGUUGUUCGCUAUCAGUCGGGAAUACUUCACACACCUAGGCACUUACGACGAGGGAAUGAAUAUUUGGGGAGCAGAAAAUCUGGAAAUUUCAUUUCGAAUUUGGAUGUGUGGAGGGACACUAGUUACUGCCCCUUGUUCACAUGUUGGUCACAUAUUCCGGAAACGUUCUCCGUAUACAUGGCCAGGAAAAAAUAUUCUGCUCCGAAAUAAUCUUCGUUUGGCCGAGGUGUGGCUCGACGACUUCAAAACAUACUACUACAGUCGGAUAUCCAAACAACAAAUGAACGAAACAAAUUAUGGAGACGUAUCAGAGAGAAAAGACUUACGUAAACGUCUCAACUGCAAAAGUUUUGCUUGGUUUCUGAAAAACGUUUUCCCAGAAAUGUACGUUCCAGGAAAUUCGCUAGCAUCCGGAGAGAUACGGAACAAAGCAAAACCAGUCUGUUUGGAUGGAUUGGACAAAAUUGAAGCUGACAAUCAUCUUAAAACGUAUCCUUGUCAUCAAUUGGGCGGAAAUCAGUUCUGGCUUUACAUGAAUGACAAUUCCUUUAGACGAGACGUUGUGUGUUUUGAUUAUCAUACACUUAAGAAAGAGAUACAACUUAUGUCGUGUCACGGAAUGCACGGAAACCAGGAAUGGGAGUAUAGAGAGGUGAGCACAUAG